AUGCCUCGACCAGGUAAAUCAACUUAUUCAAGUGAAAAACCACCAUACUCUUAUAUAGCUCUAACAGCAAUGGCUAUACAAAAUUCACCAGAUAAAAUGUUACUAUUAAAUGAUAUUUAUAAAUUUAUUAUUGAUCGUUUUCCAUAUUAUCGUCAAAAUACACAAAAAUGGCAAAAUUCAUUAAGACAUAAUUUAUCGUUCAAUGAUUGUUUCAUUAAAAUACCCAGAAAAAUGAAACGCCCUGGAAAAGGAAAUUACUGGAGUCUACAUCCGCGAUGUGGUGAUAUGUUUGACAAUGGUAGUUAUUUACGUCGAAGAAAACGUUUUAAAGGAAUAUUUCAUUACAAUAAAUUAAAAGACGAAAAUACUUUUAGUAAUGUGAAGAAAAACUUAUCAAAAACUCGUCAAAAAAUCACAAUCUUGAAAAAUGCUGCUAGUAAUACUUCUACUUCUUCACCGAUGAUAUGUGACGAACACACAUCACUUCCAUGUACCACAAAAAAUUCUUCAUUUCUCAUCGAUGAUUUACUUGCUGAUCAAUCGAUUUCUCUAUCGUCAUCUUCGCCAUCAUCAGUACCUAUUGGAAGUGUUCAAUCAACAAAACAACAAACAUCACCUACAUCAUCCAUUAAACAAGAAAGAUUUCAACAACUUUUAUUUCCAGAAAAUAUUGUUCGUAAAUUAACAUUCUUAGACAUAUUAACAGCACAUAGUCAUAAACAUUUAAAUGUCUAUCCUAUUCAUCUUCACCAACAACAAGAACAUCAAACAACUGGAUUAUCUCUAAAUUUCUUAUAUUAG